UUCCCAGCGAACUGGAGGCCUUGAAUCAGCGGCAUCUUGCAAAGACGACAAAUCACCCUACAACAACCCACGGCGUGCUUUGCUUAACCUCACCUUCCCUUCGCUGAUCCAGCGCUAGCCGCAACGUUCCAAAACAUUACGCAAAGGUUGCCAAAAUGUUGUCUAACAAAGAAAUGAAUGAUAAAAUCAACGCCCGGAUGAUGGAGAAGACCCUCACCCGGGACAAGAUCAAGACCGAGAAGGAGAUCGCCGCCCUCAAGAAGCGUAUCCUUGAGCUUCUCAAGAAAGGUCGCAUCUCCGAGGCCGAGAUGGAAACCGACACCCUUGCAUCGAUGGAAUCCAUUCUCGAGGUGCAGCACAUGAACGUUCUAGAAGCAAAGCGCGCUACCGCCCAGCUCGCCACUGCCGCCGCCACCCGCAAGCGCCUCGAGAUGAACGCGCGCAUGUCCAAAAUCAACAGCGGUGCCAAUUCCAACGCAUUCAAGAUGCUCGAGGCCAUCGAGGCCGACAAGGCUCAGAAGGAGCAGGCCGCCAUGAGCCAGCGCAUCUACAUGGAGGCCAUGACCGAGGGCUCUGGUACCCAGGUACCCCACGCCCGUCGCCAGGAGCUCUGGGCACAGAUGCUUGACGAGGCCGGCGUCGACGUCGGCGAGCGCCUGAGCGAGGCCCAGGUCAGCACUCGGGAGCCCGAGAGGGAGAGCGCCCCUGAGGAACCAACGCCCGAGGUCGAGAGCGAUUUGAACGAGCGCCUGAGGAGUCUGCGGGCCAUGUGAGAGACUGCACUUACCAAGGCACAUCAUCAGAAUGCGGGUUCACAUAGCGUGCCGGUGUUAUUGCUGCGGUAUUAGGCCAUUCAGCCUGAGAAUGGAAACGACGCAUUAGGCAUAUCUUGUUCUUUUUUGUUGGGGAGGGGGUCUAAUUUCGGGAACAAUGGCGUUACGGUCUGGCGAGGCAAGCAAGGGUCGGCGUUUUGGGCAAUCAUUAAAUCGUUUCUAUUUUUUAAUCUGUCAUCAUGAAUCGAGGAUUUACUUCUACAUGUACAGACUGGCGACUGCGGUGAU